AUGACUGGAUUCGUCUAUGCUGACUAUCCUCUUCCAUGGGUUGCAGGAAUGACUUAUCUUGGCCACGCCGGAACCACGCUCUUUGCCAAGUCUUUUAUCCAGUCAUUCUCUGAUGAUAUAAUGUCCAGUCACCAUCCGAUGUUGGUAUCAUCACAGCGGUCUACACGGCGGACAGAUGACGUGCGACUCCAAGUCCUCCAGUUCUUUAAUGCCAACCCCAAUGGAUUUGAUUUAGUCUUUGUGGCAAAUGCGACAGCAGCUAUGAAGCUGAUUGGAGACUUGUUUCGUGAUGCCGACCCUGGCGGAUUUUGGUAUGGCUGCCAUGUUGACUCCCAUACCAGUGUGAUUGGUGUGCGGGAGCUCGCGGACAUAAACUCUCAAUGUUUUGACGAUGCUGAUGUCGAGGCUUGGAUUACUGAGCUUAGCACAGCUCAGUCUAAGUUCCCAAGUUGUUUGCCUUUCCAGCCCAGUCCAACAUGA